AUGGGUCGCCGUCUGGCCAGCACGGGAGGUACCGGUCUAGCGAAUCUCCAGUCUUUUCCUUUCUUUUCUUUUCUUUUCCCUUCUUGGCCCGCGCCACUUGCCCGACCUGGCGAUAUCGCCCUCCCCGUCGGGCCGAGACGGAGGGACGUUGCAGAUCAGACACCUGCUGCACAAAGUUCUGGCGACAACAAGAUCUCAGAUGCAGGGGGAGGGAAGGUUGGAGAGAGAAACAUUACGGCAGGGGAGGCGGAAAGCAUCCCCAAGGUGGUGACUUUGGAGCUCUAG